CGCUGUGUGAGUCGGUGUCUGUGGAGGAACAACGAAGACAGCCAGCCGGCCAGCCAGCAGCCUUCUGACAGUCACGGCGGAGCACCGGCGUGGUAAAUGGCUAAAACCUACGACUAUCUCUUCAAGCUCUUGCUCAUAGGGGACAGCGGAGUGGGAAAGACAUGCCUUCUCUUCAGGUUCAGCGAGGACGCGUUUAACACCACCUUCAUUUCUACAAUCGGCAUUGACUUCAAAAUCAGGACUGUAGAGUUGAAUGGAAAGAAAAUCAAACUGCAGAUAUGGGACACAGCAGGCCAAGAGAGAUUUAGGACCAUCACAACAGCGUAUUACAGAGGAGCCAUGGGCAUUAUGUUGGUUUAUGAUAUAACUAGUGAAAAAUCGUUUGAAAACAUCAAGAAUUGGAUUCGCAAUAUUGAAGAGCAUGCAUCAUCAGACGUUGAGAGGAUGAUCCUUGGAAACAAGUGUGACAUGAAUGACAGGAGACAGGUGUCUAAGGAGAGAGGAGAAAAGCUGGCAAUAGAUUAUGGCAUCAAGUUUUUGGAAACUAGCGCAAAAACCAGCGUAAAUGUGGAAGAUGCCUUUUUCACCCUGGCUAGAGACAUUAUGGCCCGACUCAACAGAAAAAUGAAUGACGGCACUAACUCUGAUGGUGGGGCACCGGUUAAGAUCACAGAGAAGCGUUCUAAGAAGCACAGCUUCUUCAAGUGUACACUUCUAUAAUGACAGGAUGCACACAUGAACUCUAUCUCUGUAGCUGCAGAAUUGCUCAGCUAAUAUGAGAGGUCAUGUGAGCCUCUUAAGAGACCUGUGCACUCAGGCUUCUAUGGAAGCCUCCUCUUCGCACAGUCCACAGGGCAAGUUGGCAAAAUAGGAUGCCUGUGUUGGAAAUAUUCAGCUGGUUUAUGAAACUGGUUUCUUUGGACCAUUUUUGUUUGGGAAAGAGAGUCAAGAUUUUAGGGUUUGACUGACUUGCCUCCGUUGAUUCGUUAAAAAACAAUGCUAUAAUAAGUUAUACAUUUUACAACUAUUCAACUUUUUGUGUUUUGUAAAGCUUUUAUAAGCAUAGCACACAUACCUUCUAAAUAUUUGCAUUUAUCAAUGGAACAUAUUUCAGAAUUUCAUUAAGGAAGCUUAGACAUAUGCGUCAGCGUGUGUUAGUGUGUGUUUUGUGUUCUUUUAUUCUAACCAAGUGCUCCUCUGUUGCACUGCCAUUGUAUGAAACAGGACAGAGGAUUAUGUGUAAAAUGUCUAGCCAUUUGUGUAAUAAUAAGGGUUUGAGAGCACCUUAUAUGAUAAGUGGGGCUGACUAAGCUCUCUUAUUUUGAGAAUGUCUUUGGGUUCUUCCCACAGGCACAUAACCAUGAAUAGCACUGACAGAGAUCCUGAACUCCCCUCAAUGAGGAGACUCAAAUAUAGAACAUGACAGCUGCAGAACAUGACGGGUAGAAGUGCGCUUUACAGUUUGUCUAUGUGCCUAUUAAGCAGCAGCCAAUCAAAACAGACAUAUAUAGCACACAUUCUAUAAGAAUAGUAACAUUAUUUACAUGUAUUUCUGAUCAAUUAAUUUAUGUUCUGCAAUGGACAUUUGAGCAUGAGUGGCAAAGGUUUACAUGUUUGUUGUGGUGUGGCAGAGGGCUGAGGUGGGGUUUGAAAUAUCUGUGUUUGAAUGUAUAAGAAAGCCACUAAUGCAUGCUUUAGUAGUUACACAAUGAGCUGUGUCUGUCCUUUUUCAUGUUGCCAUUUAUUGCUGCAAUGUAUGAUAACAGGGCUCCUUCUGUGCUUAUUGUUGUUUGAUGAAAGCUCAAAGUACAUUAUGUCACACUAGUACCUCUUUAAAAAAGUGCAGUUGCCAAAAGCAGUAUUAUAGGUUGUGUUUGUGGUGCGUUGGUGUGAAUCCAUAUCUAUACAUUCUGCCCACUUAGUAGUAGCAUUCAUUUCACUGGUGCCAGUGCUAUUAAUACAGUUGAAUUUCUGUGUUAAGAGUAAGUAGCUGAACUGUUUUAGUUGCUGUUGAAUGCACUGACGUUUCAGAAGAGGAAACAAGUUAAGAGACAUGAGUCAGCAAUAAAAAGUUCUUGUUAGGAUCCUUGUUUCCUCCUGCCACUUCUCCAGCUGAGGCCUUGAAACUGUUGUCUGUACAUGAGUGUUUUGCUCUCUGGAUCUUCAAGGUCAGUUUGACAGAAACUGCAGGAAAGUUCUGGAAGACUACUUUGAAGCUUGCCACAGAAUACAGACAAAUGUAGCAUAUUAUUCCAACACUGAUGUUCAGAAGGGACCGUUGCUAUGCACGUUUAAUCCAUACGUAUCUGUGGCAGUGUCCUGAUUUUACAGAUUUGAAUGAGGUUUUGUGAAGUAUUGCUGUCAAUGUACUGCCAUCUAUCAAUUCAGUAAGGAAGUGCUUUCUCAAACAACCUACCCAUCUGGUAGGCUAAUGAUUGUUUAAAAAAAGAAAGAAAGUAUAACCUAUUUUAAGUGUGAUUUUUAUUAAUUGUGAACUUUUUGUACCACAUAUAACCAAAGUAAAUGUUGCAUA